AUGAGUAUUCGGUCCAAAAACUUGAACUCUGUAUUCUAUGCAGAUUCGUACCAUCCUAUUCAAGCUGGAAGCAUCGACGGGACCGAUGUUGUUCCUCACGACAAUGCCGUUUAUCGUGCUCAACUCUGUUCCUCUAUUGGCCUCUAUGACCCACUUGGUGAUCCUAAGGCCACUGGAGACCCUUACUGCACUCUCUUCGUUGCACGUCUCUCUCGCCUCACCACCCAAGAUACUCUCCACAAGGUUAUGAGUAAGUAUGGCCAGGUGAAGAACUUGCGCUUGGUCAGGGACAUUGUGACUGGAGCUUCUCGUGGUUAUGGCUUUGUUGAAUAUGAAACUGAAAGGGAGAUGCGACGAGCAUAUAUGGAUGCUCACCAUUUGAUUGUUGAUGAUUGUGAAAUCAUAGUUGAUUACAACAGACAGCAAUUGAUGCCUGGAUGGAUUCCUAGAAGGCUAGGUGGUGGUCUUAGUGGCAAGAAGGAAUCAGGACAACUUCGUUUUGGGGGAAGAGAAAAACCAUUUCGUGCACCCUUGAAACCAAUCCCAUAUGAGGAGUUGAAGAAGCUUGGCAUCCCUCCUCCGCCUGAGGGAAGGUACAUGUCACGCUUUCAGGUACCAUCGCCUCCUAGAAGAGAAAGUAACCUUUCAGACAGGGAAGAAGACUCUCGUAGACAUAGAAGAGGGUCUGAUGACAGAAACAAGAAGGAAGAUUCCCUCAGAAGUUCAGUGGACAUGGAGGAAGGACACCACAGAAGAAGUGCAAGACACCCAGAUAAUGACCACUCACAUGGAAGAAGUUCAUUGGAGAGGAGUGGCGGUUACCAUGACAGGAGUUCAUCUGAGAAAAAACAUCGACACCUGAGAUCUACUGACAAAGACAAAAGGAGUUCAUCUGAAAAAGAAAGAUUUACUGAUAAAGACAAAAGGAGUCCAUAUGAGAAAGAAUAUGGGCACCGGCAUUCUAUGGACAAAGACAAGCAUUCUCAAAAGAGAAAAGAAAGAGAUGAUAUGUCUCAAAUGCAGCGAAAGUAUAGACACCAUUCCCGUGAGGACUAA